GUGUUAUCGUUAAUCCUCCGAUUGAUGUUAUUGGUUCUUUAACUCACUAUCUACCACGUGGAAACGGAAAUUCGUCUGCACCUGUUAUUGCUAUAUACCCAGGUUUGACAAUUAUUCCGAAGUCUCCAAUUCCAGCUCCACCUCCACAACAUGGACGAAUAAUUCGUAGAACCGCUUCCCGACAUCUUGAAAUUCCCCCGGUUGACAAAUCGGGAAGACCCCACGCAAGAAUCAUGUGCGAAAUUUGGAUGCAACAGCAAUACGUAAGAUGCGUAUUCAGAGUUAAAGUUUACAGUCCAAGAGCUACACAAAAUGCAAACAGACAGUUGGAUCGAUGUAUGAUUGCAAGACUCUGGACGCGUCAGGUAACGCUAAUACCAGGAAGACACAUAGCAGUAGCAGGACAGCCAGGAGUAUAUUACGAAGAGUGGAACUUCGGAACUGUUGAUUAUUAUACUAGAGUUGCUACUGCUUGCACAGGACCAGAGGAGUUCGUUCCCAAUAUAGCUGGAUAUACUAUCACAGUCCCUAAUGGAGUUGUUGCUAUAAAUUUUAUUAUAGACCUAUAUCAAAUCCAGCAAUUAGUUUUGCUAAACUAG